AUGACUACUAGCCUCGAAUAUGGACGCUGCAGGAGCACCGACAACCUAGAGGAAGCUGAGAAUUACGGGGAUGCGCUGAGAGCUCACUGGCGGGCGCAGCGUCCCCCUAUACGGUAUAGGAAUAUCAACCUCAUUCUGGAGAACCCCCUCAAGGCCAUGGCACAUAAGAAGGCCACCGAGCCCCGCGAUCACGUCUUUGCACUAAAAGAUCUCUAUUCCGAAAUACUGGGUCGCAUUCACAUUGACUAUUCGAUGGAUAUCUCGGCACUAUUCUGCAAAGCAGCUGCUGCACUCAUCGAUGGUUCUGCAACGCUUAGCGAGAUCCUUCACUACGCAAUUUGUGCGGUUGUUGCAAAGGAGCAGGAUCUGCCGCCUUGGGUACCGGAUUGGACAGUCCAGGAGAGUUUCUCGCCCUGGCCAUGGUCCUCUGCCAUGUGGGACGUACUGCCAGGACAUGAAAAUCACCAGUACCCUAGACCACCCAAGGCUCGUGUUUCCCCCGACCACCGUCGUCUCACCGUAGUGGCGGCACCUUUAGGUAUCGUUGGCAUUUUGAGCGAGCCCCUCCCGUCCAUCACUGCUGAUACCGCCGAUACGUUGUGGUUGGAGUCUCUGGCUGAGCGAUUUCGGUCCUGGCUAGUAAGCAAAAUACCAGAUGUGAGGUUUUUUGUGACGGCUGGGAACACCAUGUGUGUUUGCAAGGACGCACAGCAAGGGGAUGUAGUCGUCUUGCUGUCGAUGCGCCACGGCCGUUCGUCUGCGUCGGUGCCUUGGUCUGAGGCGUGGAUCUUGUGGCACGCUGUUCCACUUGGAAGCAAAACGCGCCAAAACACCGGCCGGAUACAUCGCUACAUUGUUGACCUCAGCGCAUCCGUGUCAGCGAACACAUAUCUCGGACUCGAGACCCUGCAUACCUACGACAUCAAUCUCUGUGCUGAAUAUUGCAACAAUAAAACCCUCGGCACCGACUUCAACGUCGUCGCGGAGCGAGAUCCUUGCCUCAACCUUUCAGACACUUGCACCCAGCCGGCCUCAAGUACAGAAUACAAGUGCACACUCCGGGGCUCCGGUGUAGAUACCGCAUCCGCAACCAACUGCGGAUGCUACCGGGGCCAAGCCCAAACCGCGAUCGCCAGCUCCGACGGUUUCGAAAAGACAAACACAAACACAAACACUCCCGCCCAAAGACCAGGCGGGCAAGCAACCCAACAAUGCGGUGGCGACGGCUCAAAAGGACACGAUCACCCCAACACCUGCAUUAGCAUCAGCUUCUUCCCAGGUCCGUACAACCCAGCUUUCUGCGCUGCAUACGCGGAUGCAAAGAAUACCAUGAACCAAAAGCCGCCGUUCUGGGGGAAGUGGAUUGUGAUUUUGUUGUAG